AUGGAUCAACUACGCCGAAAUGCUCGUGAGGCUUUACAGAAAGAUCCUAGGAGCUUUAUCCAAUCAGGACCUCCUUCUCUCCUAGAAUCGACAAGGGUUCAAGGCGACCUGCAACAGCUGUGGGAGAAUAUCUCAUCCUACGAUCACAGUACCUCAAUGGAUGUAUGCGAAAGCUUGUAUACUGCUCUAUGUUUCAUUGAGGCGAACCCCCCGGAGCUUAUGCCCGAUGAUUCGGGUGUGCGAAAGCUUGGGCCCCGCGACAAGACGGCGGCGCUCAAACUGUUUAAAUGGGCGGGUCAAGCUGCACUGCCAUCAUCUGAAUUCGCUGCAUCUUUUGAUGACAUAGUCGAAGUGACCCCAGGCACGUAUCGACAGACUCAAAGUGUCAACUUCUACUAA